AUUGUGGCUAACUUCACACAAGUCCAGCAACCCAACCUUGGUGCCAGCGAGAGUAAAACGGACGAGUCGAGCUGGGUAAACAACAGUGGUCGCCUCGAAGAGGCAGGAAUGGGGACUUCAUCGAGGGCCCUGAUGGCAAAUAGAAUGGAAUGUGUGUUUUAUCGUAGAAAAAACAUUAUGUAUUGCGUAGCGUGUUAAUAUGCCACAUAAAGCCAGGAAAAAUAGCACGUAUUUUUCUCUCGGGUCUUUAGCCAGGCGCUGAUUUGUAACGACGUUGGUAUUGCCACGGGCCCACUUCGAUUUUGUUCCUGUUGUCAGUUUCACUACCCGGUGACUGUCGUUCGAUUGCGAUUUACUUGUGUCCCUUAUUUAUGUUCAUCCAGAGCAUAUGUAAUUCAAAGGGAGCCACGAAAUAACACAGAAGCCCACUUUCAAGAGAGUACAGAACUAGGUUGUUUGCGGGCCCGCCAAUGGACCUAUAGGAGCUAGCGGAAGUUUAGUUGGCAUUGUGUCUGCGUGGACCAGGCAGCAUGAAGAGCGAGGUGCCCUCUGAGGCCCAGGGUAGACAGGAGCACCUGAAAGGGCCGCUGGCCAACCCAGAGCCCAUGGAAACGGCCAAGAGCUUUCCUGCCAACAUGGAGGUGAUCGGCAAGGCAGGCAGCGAGUUUGCACCACUGUGUGCCGAGACCAGGCACCGGCCCCUGAGGGACAUAGGGGUCCGCAGAGACCCAGACAGGGGCCUGCCUGGACGCAAAAAGCGCAAGAGCCAACAGCCAGGGCCCUCGGACUGCUCCCUGAAGGAGGGUCGUGUCAGUGAGGGCUCUCUUCCUCUUCAGCGCCACCAGCCAGAUCUCUUGGAGCGACGCAGUGAGGAUGAACGCAACCCAGAGUCCUCAUUCAGUGACUGUGCCUCCUCUCCCUCCUCCAGCCUGCGCUUCGGAGAUUCGGAUACUAUGAGCUCAGAGGAAGAGGUGGAGGCUGGAGGGGUGGGAGCAGCAGGGGGACCGCAGGCGCCGGUCUCCAUCACAGGGGGCGGGACAGGGGUGGGUCUGCGCACCAUUCUGGGUCGGACUCGGGGUAGCCGCUCUCAUAAGUGGGCACGGUCAGAGAUGGAGCCGGUGCUGCUGAAGCGGCCGUGUCUGAGCGGGCGGCGGUCACUGCAUAGGAAGCGGAUUGUGAAGCCCGGGCCCGGCGGCAUCCAGCGGAGUCAGAAGCAGAAAGAGCGCCUACUUCUCCAGAGGAAGAAGCGGGAGGUAAUCGCUCGCAGGAAGUACGCGCUGCUCCACAGCACCAGCAGCUCCAGUGAGGAGCUGACUAGCGGGUCAUCCUCACCCUCGUCCACAGAGGCAGAGGACGAGCUGUAUGUAGACGGCAGCAGCAGCAGCCAGCCAAGCAGCGCAGCUGUGGCCACAGUUUCUCUGGAUGAAGACGUGGUGGUGAUCGAGGCGACCCCUGCACCCCCUGUCCCAGCCAGCGAGGAGAUCAACGUCACCUCCACCGACAGCGAGGUGGAGAUAGUCAACGUGGGAGAUGGCUUCAGGCCUCGCUCGGUGGGGGGCCAUGGCAGGAUGUACUGGGGCCCCAGCUGCUCCCAGAACCGGCCCCAGGAGCCCCGUGGCCGCCACCGCCUCUCUACCGUCAUCCAGCCUCUGCGCCAGAGCGCCGGGGAGGUGGUGGACCUCACAGUGGAUGAGGAUGAUCUCUCUGUUGUGCCAUCCACCUCUGACAGCAUUCACCCUCAGACUGUCAGCUCUUCCUCUUCAUCCUCCUCUCAUCAUACCUCUACCUCAGAGCCCCACGAUGCCCUAGGCCCCUCCACCAGCUGCCCUGGUCAAGGCCCAGCCCCAGACAGCACGCUGGCACAGGGGCCAAGGGGUACCGCAGGCACGGAGGAUGAGAGCAGAAGAGGAUCGUCCGGCGUGGCAGGAGAGAGUGGGGGCACGGCCAUGCCCAGGUUACCCUCCUGCUGCCCGCAGCACUCCCCCUGCGGAGGGCCCUCCCCUGGUCACAUGACCCUGGGCCAUUCCAGCUGCCUGCAGGCCCAGCCCCCCCAGCAGCCGGGCUCCCAGCAGCACAGCCACGCCCACCACUUCCACCACCACCAUCACCAUGUGCCUCAGCACCCACCUCCACCCACUCUGCCCUUUCCUGAGCCCAGCUGCCCCCUCGAGAGGCCCACUGCCCUGCCUGCACCAUGCAGAGGGGGAGGGGUCAGCAGCAGCAGCUCCACCCAAUACCACGACCAGCAGACUCUGCCGGUGGACCUGAGCAACAGUGGCUUGCGGAGCAGCGGCUCCGGUAGUUUCCAUGGCACUUCAGCCUUUGACCCGUGCUGUCCAGGCUCCACGUCUCGGCCCGCUGCCUACAACUCCCAGAAUGCAACGGGGCCAGGGCCCAGCCAGCCCAGCACAGUGGUGGACUCCUUCAGCUCAGCCAUGGUGGCCCAGCCUCAGCCACAGCCACAGCUAUCCACCUGCAGGCACUUCAUGCACCCCUCCUGUGAACGCCCCCUGGCACGCUCCCUGCACCACCAGCCCUCUAACACCUGCCCCCAUUCCCAUGGUAACCCUCCUCCCCCUCCUCAGCCCACUCCACAGGGUGACUACGUCAUCCCCCACCCCGUCCAUCCCUUCCACACGCCCCUGCCUUCCCACCCCCCUGGCCACGCCGUGCCCCCGCCCCCCCCUGCCUCUCUGCCUGCCCACCACCUCACAGGCUCCAGUGCCCCCCAACACCUGCCCGCGGAGCACCAGGCCCUGCAGCACCACAUGCCCGCACUGGGGACCUCUGUGCAGAGGCUGCACCAGCACGAGAUGCUGCAGAGGAUGGAGGUUCAGAGACGCAGGAUGAUGCAACACCCCACACGAGCACAUGAGCGCCCCCCUCCACACCCCCACAGAAUGCACCCCAACUACGGCCAUGGCCACCACAUCCACGUGCCCCAGACCAUGUCGUCCCACCCACGCCAACCUGAGCAGAGGACUGCGUGGGAGCUGGGUAUCGAGGCUGGAGUGACCGUGGCGCCAUAUCCUUCAGGACACCUGCACCCUCACCUGCCCCACUACCACCCUCCCCCAAGACUGCACCACUUCCCCAUCCCCUUCAUGCACACUGGCAUGUCUGAAGUAACCUACCCGCACAUUCGCUACAUCUCAUCCAGAAUGACUGGAUUUGGACGAACUUAUGAGGAUCUGCUGCAUUUAGAGGAGAGAUUGGGUACUGUGAACCGAGGGGCCUCUCAGGGAACUAUAGAGAGGUGCACUUACCCACACAAGUACAAAAAGAGAAAGCUGCAUGGUAAGCAAGAAGAAGAUGAGGGGGCGGACGAAGACACAGAGGAGAAAUGCACCAUCUGUCUGUCAAUACUGGAGGAAGGGGAGGACGUCAGACGCCUACCUUGUAUGCAUCUCUUCCAUCAACUGUGUGUGGACCAAUGGCUCCUCACCAAUAAGAAGUGCCCCAUCUGCAGAGUGGACAUCGAGGCGCAGUUGUCUGCCGUUGAGAGUUGAUGCUGUUUUUCUAACAACUCUUUGUUGGAAUUUUCUUUUAUUGUUGUUUAUUGUUUGAAUUUUUCUUCAGUACUGCAGUCAACCAAAGAGGGCAUGAAUUACCUGCGCAGAUCCACUAUGAGAAAAUAAAAACAUCAGGCUAAAGAAGCGUUGAGCCUAGAGUGCCAGCUAUCUAUCACACAGUACAAUACUGCUCGAAUUGACAUCUCCAUUAAGGAUUUAAAAUGUUAUUGUAUUUAUAAAGCUUUUAUGUAGCUUUUGAUUGUUUCCUCGUGUCAUAUUUUUAUUUGUUUUAUUUUUUUGCAUGGCUCCUCGCAAUGCAUUUCUUUGCACAUAUAUUGUGGGCUUCUCAUGGCCUAACAACUUGCAGGUGAGGAUAGCUGCUCUAGUAAAGAAGCAUUUCUAUAUACCUAAUGCCUUGCUUUACUGGAGUAGAAUGUCAACCUCCAUUUAAAAACAUUGCAGGACUCAUUUUACCAAUCAUUGUAUUGAUUAGUUUAUGUUUAGACAAUGUGGUUGGCUAGUGGAAGACGUUUCUAAGAAGGUAAAUCAAGACAUUCCUUAAUUAGGAAAAUAUCAUGUUAAACUGAUCAGCUGCUGUAUUUGUGUUCACCCAGUAUUUCUAGAGUGGGAAUAAACUCAAACUUCACCUCAUCUCCCAGAAAAUGCACAUGCGUGUCUUACACCUCCCCUACACCACCUUGAUUUGACUAAACACCAUUCACACGUCAUCUAAUGUAUUUUAGAGAAAAAGAAAAUGAAUGUCACAUCUGUUCUUGACUGUUCUUUUUCAAUGGAAUGAUUGUUGAGGUCUGCUGAGGAUAAAGUCUCUGUGUUCUGUUUGGAUUUCUCCCUCAGACAGGCCCCAGAUGGAAAACUGGGUUCUAUAAGGGGAUCUCAGGCCCACAGAUGCAACCAGUUUCACAUGAGCCUGCAACCUGGGGAUAUCUGUUGUUUGGAACUGGGAAUGGCAUUGGUUUAUCCUUGCUUUUUGUUUAUCCCCGUUUCUUUUUUCAGAGGGAAAUACACAGCGCUCAGCUCAGAAUAAUAAAUAAGUAGCUGAUUAUUCUUACAACCCAGAUCAUUGUUCUUACCCACACUCCCUCUCUCUCUCUCUCUCUCUGUAGCUGUGCAGCAGCAAUCUCUCUUUGCUGCCAUUGAAAAGAUAACACUAAUAUUAUUCUCAACUUGCUAACUUGCAUAUACUUGCACAGGAGAGAACAGACAGGAGUGUUGUAAAGAGAGUGCGCUGAGGCCAUGUAUUUCCACUGAUUGCUGAGUUUUGGAGAAAAAAUAAUAAUUUUGAAUGGAGUGUUGGAAUGCAGUACUUAUGGCAGGUAUCCAUGCAUUCAUAGACUUAAUGGCACCAGGAUGAUAUUCCAUGGGAUUUAUAUUAGUUUUAAAAUAAUAUUAAUAAAGUUAGAACUCUU